AUGAAAACUUUAUAAAAGGCUAUAAAGAAAAAAGGAAGCUUGACUCUCAUAAAAUAAAGAGAUAUGAAAGUUCAUAAUACAUUUAAGUAAUUUGAUUGAAUUAAUUGAAAGAGUUCAAAAUGCUCCAUUUUAGAACAACAUGUCGAAAUAUAUUUUGAAUGGAAAUUAAGUUUAUGUUGCAUCUUCAUCUGAUAAAUCUUUUGAGGCCCUACAAUAGAAUUUGUCUUUAGUUGAACAAUUUACUCCAAAAGUAAUUAUAAUUAAUCAACUAGAUAGUGUGUAUUGCUUGAUACACUUUCUAAUAGAGUAUUAAAAUAAUGGAUAAAGGAUACAACUGUUGAAACAUAAGAACAACAAUUAUUAGGUAAAUAAAAAUAUACUAAUUUAUUUCUUAAUGUAUUUCCUAAAUAAAGAGAAUUCUUCACAAAGUAAGAUAAUGGAACAUAUGUUUAUUAUGUUAAAAAUAGGUAGAUUGAAUUUUAAGAUCAAUUAUCAGUUGCAUAUUAUGCAUGCAAUGAUCCAAAAAUGAUGAUAAUGAUAUCAAAACCAGAUGAAAUAUUAUAAAUUGAGGAUAUUGUAAACAAUUUUAAUUUAGAAGAAUUAAAAAAUGCAUUUUUGGAUACUAUUGAAAAAAUGAAAUUUGCUAUUUUAAAACCAUAAGCAGAUGCAUCAGAUUCAUUUUAAGAUAUUAUAUAUAUAUUCAGAAAUACUAUUUUGAAAAAUCACUCUUAUUUAUUUGAAACAUAUGUAAAUUAUUAAGCAGCUCUUUUAUAAAAAUCAUCAAGAGUUAUGGAUAAAUGUUUUCUAUUUACAAAUUAAUUUCUGGCAGAUUAAGUAGUUAAGAUAAGUAAAGAAAAAUUCUUUGAUUAUAAUACAUUAUAUUUAGAAGAGAAUUUUAAUUCAAAAAGUAAAGAUGAACUUUUGGAGAAGAUUGUUAUAGCUGGUUACAUAGUUGAUUAUGUAUUAAGGAUUCGUGCUAUGAAUGGAUAAAAUCCUUUUGAGAAUACUAAAUUUAAUAAAUAUUUGAAUUAAGAUGAUGUUCCAAAAUAUUUAGAACUUCAUAAUUUUUAUGCUGAUUAACUCUAUAACUUUUAGAAUUUUACUAUAUAAGCAUCUUUAUUUAAAGAUUCUUAAAAGAGUGAUUAUCUUUCAUUUGAAGAGACAGUAUAAUAAUUUAAGAAAAAAUCUUUGACAUUUAAAUAUUAAUUUGAUAUUAUGCAAAAUUCUUAAAUUAAAUAAGGAUUAGUAAUGCAAGAUUUAUUUAAAAAAUAGAUCAGUAAAAUAAUAUAAACUAGAAUGAUGUAAGGAAUAAAUUAAAAAGAUAUCAUAAAAUCAAUGUAAAAUAUAGGAAAGGAGAUGUAUUCCAAAGAAGAUUUAAAGAAUUAUUUAAAAAUCUUAUUAGAAGCUAAUGCUUUAUUAGGAUAUCCUCUUAAAUUCCCUGGUAAUUUAAAAGAUAUGAUGCUUCCAUAUAUAGUAAAUUUAUAGAUUGAGAAAACAGCCAAGAUUACAUCAGGAUUAACAUUUAAACCUUUAACAAAGAAUUUAUAAUUUGCUAAAUUACAAAAAAAAGAAUCAAAAAUAGAUGAAUUUACUGAUGAUGAAGAAGAUGAAGAUUGCAUUAGAUAUGUAGUUACACAAGAUGGAAAUAAAUAAGAAAUACCUAAUGAACUUAAACAUAAAUCAUUUGAAGAAAUGAAGAAAAUAGCAGAAGAAUACUAAUAAAUUAAUAUUAAAAUGGAUUAAUAAGGUAGAUAUGAAGUUCUAGAUAAUGCUUAGACUAGAUUAAAUUAAAAUGAAGUUGAUAAAAUAUUACGUGAAUUAGAAGUUGAUGAUGAUAAUCAAAAAGACAAAAAAAAGGAUAAAUUAUAUGAAUAAAAUGAAUAAGAAUCAUAACCUACUAAAGGAAGAAGGAUCAAAUAAAAAAAGAAAUGA